ACUCAUUCCAUUUGAAAAAAAAUGUUCAUUUUCUUAUGCUGCGUGUUUACGUGCAUUUGCAUUUUCUUGAUUCCAAAGCAUUUCAACCCACGCAAGCGCAGGAAACCGCCGCCAGGCCCCGCGGCGCUGCCGAUAUGCGGCCACCUCCACCUCCUCAAACCGGCGGCGCACCGCGCUCUGCAUGCUCUCUCCAAGAAGCACGGCGCCGUGAUGCAGCUCUACUUCGGCCGGCUCCCCGUCGUCGUCGUCUCCUCCCCCUCCGCAGCCGAGGAGUGCCUCGCCAGAAACGAUGCCGUCUUCGCCAACCGGCCCGAUUCCGCCGCCAGCAGAAUCCUCGGAUACAACAACACCACCAUCGGAUUCGCUCCUUAUGGUGAUCACUGGAGGAAUCUCCGCCGCCUCACCGCCACCCAAAUCUUCUCCUUCGCCAGCCUCCAGCAGACAUCAGCGGUGCGUGGCGGAGAAAUCCGGUUCAUGGUUGGGAAAAUGUUGCAGGGAUUUGAUGAUCAAGAAUGGAGGAAAGUGGAAAUGAAGAGCCUCUUCUUUGAAUUGGUGUACAAUGUAGCUAUGGUGGUGAUCGCCGGGAAGCGGGGGCCCGUGAUGGACGACAUUUUCGGGCCGAGCAAGAUUCUUGAUGUCUGUGAUUAUAUUCCGUUAUUGAGAUGGAUUGAUUUGUUGGGAAUUCAGAGGAAGAUGGAAGCUUUGAAUAGGAAAAGGGAUAGAUUUUUACAGGGGUUGAUCGAUGAAGUUCGUUGCAGGACUCAAGAUUCUGUUUCUGUUGAAGCUAAAGGGAGUUAUAUUGAAGCAUUGUUGUCGUUGCAGCAAUCCCAACCAGAAUACUACACUGAUGAAAUCGUCAAGGGACUCAUUCUGCCAAUGUUGACUGCUGGAACACACACCGUAGCUCUAACGAUGGAGUGGGCGAUGUCGCUGCUGCUGAACCACCCGGACGAGUUGGAGAAGGCGAGGAGGGAGAUAGACGAGCAGGUGGCGCCCGGGAAGCAGCUCCAGGAUUUGGACCUUCAAAAUCUGCCCUACCUGCGCUGCAUAAUCAAUGAGACGAUGAGGCUGUACCCUGUGGGCCCGCUCCUCGUCCCACAUUGUUCGUCACAAGAUUGCAACGUGGGAGGGUUCCACAUUCCCGCAGGGACAGUCUUGUUAGUGAACGCGUGGGCUAUCCAGAGGGACCCCGAUGUGUGGGAAAAUGCAGACAAGUUUAGCCCUGAGAGGUUCAAAGAGGGGUGCGACGGCUUUGGAUUCGUCCCGUUUGGGGCGGGGAGAAGGGCGUGCCCCGGUGCCGCGAUGGCUAUGAGGCUCAUGGGCUUGGCAUUGGCCACUUUGAUACAAUGCUUCCACUGGGAAAGGGAAGCCUCUGAAUUUGUCGAUAUGGAACAUGGUUCAGGCCUAACUUUGUCCAAGGCUAAGCCCCUCCAGGCCUUGUGUCGACCGCGUUCAUCUAUUAUGUCUUUCUCAUCUCACUUUUCAGAUCUUUACUACUAAAAACUCCGAUAAGAUCCUCUAUCCAAUUAUUCGUGUCUCACUAUUAAUUUAACUAUUUUAAUAGUUAUUAUUA